AUGCCCCAGCCACCUGAUGCACGCUGCAAGAAAGCAAGGCAGGCCAAGUCUGCAGAACGCCGCCUCCAAGUCACCAGUCAAGUGCUGGCAGCGUGGCGUGCUGCAAGCGCACGAGGUGCCAUGAUGCAAGCCGCUUCGUGCCUCGAACCGUCCAACGCACUUUGCUCUGAGAAUGUGAUCUCACUCCCACGCGUGCGUGCCUGCAACCGUGGGUUCAAGGUGCGUGCAGUCAGCCGUGUGAUGCUUCGCGUCAAUGUUGGAGCGCCCUUUGCUUGUAGAAGUGCUAACUGCGGUCCACGCCUCCCGGCAGGGCAGGCAGGUCGCGAUUGCUGA